UUGUCGUAGCUGGAGAGCCUUUCGUGGCGCCGAGGGGGAGUUAUGCAGUGGGUUUGUGUGGAGCGUGGUCCUGCCCCUCGCGAUUGGGUAACGCCGCUGGAGACUGAAGCGAUCUGAUCUGCGUCUGCUGCACAGCACGGCAAGGUCGCCUCACCUUUGCUCUGUGAGGCCUGCGGCUGUGUGGCCGAUGAAUGAGCAUAAACACAGUCUGUAGAUGUGGCUUGUUGGGGAGAAAACACAGCUGGGCAGCUGAAAUGCUCAGGGUUGCUCGGUGAUGAGUAACUAAAUGUGCUGAGCAGUGAAAAUUACCUUCGGGUGUCCUGGGUUUGUUUCUGAGCUGUGGGACAUCAUGUGGCAUCCCUUGGGUUGCAGUUCUCUUACAAACACCGUGGUCACUUUUAGGGGUGCUUUGCCUGCUUUUGUAGCUUUACACGAUUUUAUUGAAGGCUGUGCACUGGCAGUUGGGUGGAUGUAACUGUAGAUUUAAAGGGACUCCGGGGGCAGCUGGCCCUGCCUUCCCAGGUGGGGCAGAGCAGGUGUUCAUCAUUCCACAGCUGCCUUCCCCUGAUUCACAGCCCUGAUUUAAUUUAAUUGCUGAGGUGUUUUCCUGUGACUGGGCCCAGGAGGAACCUUGCUUUACAGCUGUCCCCUCUGAGCCUGCUGCAAGCUGAGCUCUUUGGGCAGUCAGAUCAAACACAGCCUGAGGGCACAGGGCAGUGCUGGUGCUGCUGUCCCUGUGCUGCUGCUGAGGGUUCUGCACAAACAAAUGUCCCAUUCUCUUGCUGUGAGAGAUCCUGCUGCUCAGUCUGGACAGGCAGCACCAGCUGCUCUCACCUCUGCUGCUGUUUGCAACCCCUGUGGGCAGCUGUGGAGUGCAGUAAUCCUGUUUCCCAGUGCCACCUGCUCCUGUCAGGGACAGAGGGCUGCCAGAACCAGGAGGAGGCAGAAGGAGGGAUUCACGCUUCAGUCCAGCUUCCUGUCAAGCUCUGGGUUGAGGCACAGGGAAACACUCCUCAGGUUGGAAAGGGAAGAGUUUUUUUUUUCACUGCUGUGCAGAGCCAGAUGUGAAAGCUGUGCUCCAGAAGGCUUGGAUAGCAGCCAGGAUCCUCCCUCUCCUGUCUUCUGGGCUGUGUUGGAUCAGCUCUCUCCAGGGCAGAGCCCACUGGUGGUUCCUUCUCCUCUGGUGUGUCCCACCUGGCUGAGCAGGGCUCAGCUGGGAGUCCUGCUGCUUCCUCAAACAUAAACCAGUCCACUUGGAAGAGAUUUAUUUUCUCAGACUCCAACAGGAAGAAUGAGGUGUUUGGAGAGAUUAGCUAAGUUUCGUUAAAAUAAUUUGUACAUUGCCACGAGUCAAGCCUUCAGGGAUCCCUGCUGCCUUUGCAGGAACACUUGAGUGUUUCCAAGGAUAAUUUCUCACUUUGUGAUGUGCCAUCACAAGUGGUCUGUACAGCCUUCCAUGUGACAGAGCACUGCACUUCCACAGAGGGUUACAUCCCUCUGCACUGGGAUGGGAGCAGCAGAGCACACCAGGAAAGAAGGCAGCAUGGCAGGGAUGAGUGAGGAGCAGUAGAAGGGCCUCAGUGAAAUGGAGAGCCAAAGGGAGGGAAGCCCUGAGCAAGGGCUGCUGUUCACCCAGCAGCCAGCCCUUUGGGCUGAAGAUGCUGCUCCCCUAAACUGUUCAUCCUGCUUCUGCUGGAGAGCUCACCUUUCCAGGCAGAGGUGAGUGUGCUGUCCUGUCCUGUCCUGUCCUGGCCCAGCUGCCUGGCUCAGCUCUGCCUAGUGCCUGCUCUGCAUUAAUUCCACCCCUGUUUGUGCUGGCUCUGUAGUGCUCAUGCAAACAGCUUUGCUGGCAGAAUGCUGAAACCAGCAGCUUCCUUCUUGUGGGCAGGGCUGGAACAGGGCAGCUGUCUGCACCGUGCUGGGGCAGGUGAGUAAAGGGAAAAACAGGGGAGAGAACUGGGAUAAACUUGAAAUGAAAGCAGCAAAGCCUCUUGCAUGCUUUCAGCCUCCCAUUUACUGCCAGAGAGCUGGCUAAUAAUGUAAGGGAAUAAAAGCAUCUACAUUUUUCAUCUGUCAAGACCUCGCUGUCCUGACAUUUGGAGAGAGAAGUUUGCUGUGAACAGUUUAGGAAAGCUGUGGAGAUGUGAUUCAUUUGGGAGAUGGAAGAAAGAGUGGAGCAGCUUUUCUGGGAUCUGAUUAUUGAUCUGUGCCCAUUACACUGGGGCUGAUGUCUGAUAUUGUAAUAUGCUAAUGUAAAGUAAUGGAGUGUUAUUUGCAAGAGAGUUGGCACUCAUAUAAUCUGUGACUUCAGCUGGGGAAAACAGAGUGCUCAAGGCUGGAUAUGGCUCUGAUUUAGGGGAAGGAGGAAACAUGAAACUCCAGGCAGCUUUCCCACUCAGUGUAUCCAUCAAACCCUCAGAAAGGCAUUUGCUGUAAUAUGCAAUGAGAAACUCUUGGUUAAGGCAUUUUUCCAGUUAGAACUCAGAUGUUCUUUACCCUUGGAAAGUAAUUCUCUGGGAUUUGGCAGUGGGUUGGGCAGUGAGAGCAGUGCCAGUUAUUCCUGUGGAUUUGCAUCUCCUGGGCUGUGUCGACAUCGGAUCUGAGGCGACGGUUUCGUAAGUCCAGUUUACAAUCUUUGUCCACUCAGGGGUAUUCCUUCUGCUUUUGAAGCAUGAAAUUGUACUUUCCACUGCUUCAGUAUUGAGAAGAUUCUGAGCAGUCUCAAAGGACUUGACUGGCAUAGAGUCCAUGGACCAAUGUCGCCACACACUGGAGCAGCACAACUGGAACAUAGAGGCAGCUGUGCAGGACCGGCUGAACGAGCAAGAGGGUGUCCCAAGUGUCUUUAAUCCUCCUCCCCUGCGGCCGUUGCAGGUCAAUACAGCUGACCACAGGAUCUACAGCUACGUUGUCUCAAGGCCACAGCCAAGGGGCCUGUUAGGAUGGGGUUACUACUUCAUAAUGCUUCCAUUCCGAUUCACAUAUUACACGUUACUUGAUAUAUUUAGGUUUGCUCUGCGUUUUAUACGCCCUGAUCCUCGUAGUCGGGUCACCGACCCAGUGGGUGACAUUAUUUCGUUUAUUCAUAUGUUUGAGGAAAAGUAUGGGAGGAUACACCCUGUCUUCUACCAGGGGACUUACAGCCAGGCCCUGAACGAUGCCAAGCGGGAGCUGCGCUUCCUGUUGGUUUAUCUUCAUGGGGAUGACCACCAGGACACAGAUGAGUUCUGCCGCAAUACGCUGUGUGCACCUGAGGUCAUCACCCUCAUCAACACUAGAAUGCUCUUCUGGGCUUGCUCAACCAAUAAACCAGAGGGAUACAGAGUGUCGCAGGCCCUGCGGGAGAACACGUACCCGUUCCUGGCUGUCAUCAUGCUCAAGGACCGCAGGAUGACCGUGGUGGGGCGGCUGGAAGGCCUCAUCCAGGCUGAUGACCUCAUCAACCAGCUCAUGUUCAUCAUGGAUGCCAACCAGACGUACCUGGUGUCCGAGCGCCUGGAAAGGGAAGAGAGGAACCAAACCCAAGUCCUGAGGCAGCAGCAGGACGAGGCAUAUCUGGCAUCCUUGCGUGCAGACCAGGAAAAGGAGCGCAAGAAGAAGGAGGAAAGGGAGAGGAAGAAGAAGAAGGAGGAGGAAGUGCAGCAGCAAAAACUGGCAGAGGAGAGGCGGCGGCAGACACUGCAGGAGGAGAAGGAGAGGAAGUCGGAAUGCCUUCCUCCAGAGCCGCAUCCCGACGACCCCGAGAGCGUCAAGAUCAUUUUCAAGCUGCCUAACGAUUCCAGAGUGGAGCGGCGAUUCCACUUCACACAGUCAUUGACGGUGAUCCACGACUUCCUGUUCUCCUUGAAAGAAAGCCCGGAGAAGUUCCAGAUUGAGGCCAACUUCCCUCGCCGUGUCCUGCCCUGCCUCCCUACAGAGGAGUGGCCCAACCCUCCCACGCUGCAGGAGGCGGGACUCAGCCACACGGAAGUCCUCUUUGUGCAGGACCUCACGGACGAUUGACACUUCUUUUUGGUUUUGUUUUUGUUUGUUUUGUUGUUUCGUUUGUUUUUUUGUUUUUUUGGUUUUUUUUCCAGAAGACACAAAACGGAAAGAGAAAUUCAUAUUAUUAUUAUAAUACAAUAUUUUUUUUAAAAGACUGCGUACAAACGAGGGAUCAGAGACCACAUGGCCUGUGCCAGCUGUGCUGCGUGCGCUGGCGAGAGGACGCGAGCGCACGGCCAUCCCCUGCACGGGGGGCACACAGGGGGGAGCUGGUGUUGCCCCUCCACCCUCCCUGGGGAGGAACAGGAAUGGCAGCUCUUGGUAAUUAUUGCUUUUAUUGAUGACAAUAAUAAUAAAACCCCAGCAACCCAACAUCUUGUGAAGAUUUGAUACUCUGCUGCUCCUGAGAGACACAAGACCGAGCACCGGACCGUGCUGGGAUUGGGGUGGGGGGAAAGGGCUGGACAGACUCUCUUCAGCUUCCCUCUGUGUAUAAAUACUGUUCUUUUAAUAUUUCUCUUGCUUUGUAAUGACCAAAGGAGAUUGGGGUUGACUAUAGUAUUAACUUUUUGAUAAAGAGCUGGUUCGAUUCUUACCCAUGUGGGGCCUUGCCCAGGGUUCUUAGCCUGCGUAGUGUAAUAAACUCUGCCUCUAGCA